AUGCGUGUCUUUGUCACAGGAGCUACUGGCUUUGUCGGCACUGCCGUGGUCAAAGAGCUUCUCUCUGCCGGACAUCAGGUCCUAGGCCUAGCUCGGAGCAACGAGAAAGCCGAGCAGCUGCGUAGACAAGGCGCCGAAUCUUUGUUUGGAACAAUUGAAGAUCUUGAGAUCCUCAAACAAGGUGCAUCGCAAUGUGAGGCAGUCAUUCAUCUCGCCUUCAAUGCGAACUUUUCCGAUUUCGCAGGCUCUUGUGCCACUGAUCGGGCUGCGAUCACUGCACUGGGCUCAACCCUUGCCGCAGCCGGUGGAGACCGCGCAUUUGUCAUAACUUCAGGCACGAUGGUGUUGGUUGGAGACGAUCUGGCUGAUGAGGAUGAGAAGCCGAGAAUGACCAAUCCGAUGGCUGCUAUGCGUGGUCCAUCAGAGGCACUUUGUCUUGAUUUCGCAAAGCAGGGUGUCCGCACCAGUGUCGUUCGUCUGCCACCCACUACCCAUGGCCCUGGAAUCUCAGGAUUUACUGGGCCACUUGUCAUGACUGCGGCGGAGAAGGGUAUAUCGGCAUAUGUUGGCGAUGGUGAGAAUCGCUGGGCUGCUGGCCACCGUGACGAUGCGGCAAAGAUUUAUCGAUUGGCGAUGGAAAAGGCAGAACCCAGGUCUGUGUUUCAUGCGGUUGGAGAGGAAGGCGUCACUGUGAAGGAUAUCGCUACCGAGAUUGGUAAUAAGCUUGGUAUUCCUGUUGUCAGUAUUUGGCCAGAGAAGUUGGAGGAACAUUUUGGGCGGUUUGCUUUUGGGCCUAUGGCGAACAACCCAGCUUCUAGCAAGAAGACACAAGAGAGACUUGGCUGGACUCCUGCAGGUCCGACAGUCCUCGAGGAUGUGCCUGGUGUUAUCGAGUUUGUUAAGAGUCAAGCUCCAGGCGCUCAGUAG